AGAGUGGGCACCGGCGGCGAAGGAGGAGCGCUAGGUUGGUGUACGACCGAGAUCAGGGCUCUAGCCAGCCUACCCAAGCCACCCGUCGGGGUCGCCAACGCCUCAGCUCUGUGGAGGAGCAGCAGGAGCCUGAGGGUGCAGGAUAUUAGAAAUGGCUACUCCCCAGUCUGUUUUCAUCUUUGCAAUCUGCAUUUUAAUGAUAACAGAACUAAUUCUGGCCUCAAAAAGCUACUAUGAUAUCUUAGGUGUGCCAAAAUCAGCAUCAGAGCGCCAAAUCAAGAAGGCCUUUCACAAGUUAGCCAUGAAGUACCACCCUGACAAAAAUAAGAGCCCUGAUGCUGAAGCAAAAUUCAGAGAGAUUGCAGAAGCAUAUGAAACACUCUCAGAUGCUAAUCGACGAAAAGAGUAUGAUACACUUGGACACAGUGCUUUUACUAAUGGUAAAGGACAAAGAGGUAGUGGAAGUUCUUUUGAGCAGUCAUUUAACUUCAAUUUUGAUGACUUAUUUAAAGACUUUAGCUUUUUUGGUCAAAAUCAAAACCCUCGAUCCAAGAAACAUUUUGAAAAUCAUUUCCAGACGCGCCAGGAUGGUUCCAGUAGACAAAGGCAUCAUUUCCAAGAGUUUUCUUUUGGAGGUGGAUUAUUUGAUGACAUGUUUGAAGAUAUGGAGAAAAUGUUUUCUUUUAGUGGUUUUGACUCUACCAAUCGGCAUACAGUACAGACUGAAAAUAGAUUUCAUGGAUCUAGCAAGCACUGCAGGACUGUCACUCAACGAAGAGGAAAUAUGGUUACUACGUACACUGACUGUUCAGGACAAUAGUUUGUUCUUUUUCUGUUCUCACUAAAUCCGACUAGUUGACUCGUCCUCAUUAUCUUUGAUGCUAAACGAUUUUCUGUGAACUAUUUUGACAAGUGCAUGAUUUCACUUUAAACAAUUUGAUAUAGCUAUUAAAUAUAUUUAAGGAUUUUUUUUUUUUUUUGACAAAUUCAGCAACAUUCAACUAGUAGACAAAUGCUAAUUUCCCUGAUUAGGAAAGUUUCUUUAAAAAACAUGUAAUUUUUGCCUAGUCCUUUUUCUCUACCUGCCCUUGGGCUCAUUAAUGUCACCAGUUUUAUUACCAAGAAAAGAUUGAGUUUACCUAUUAAACUUUAAAAGUUAUUGUAGAUUUAAGUUGUGUGAACCUAAUGAUUUUUGCAGUGAAACCUUUGCUAAUUCAUUAUUGCAUGUUCUUUAACAUCUGUGACUUGGGUUGCAAAAUGUACAUGAAACUGUAUAAUUGAGUCGUUCAGUAAAGGAGAACAGUAUCUUGGUUAAUUGCUACUGAAAGGUUGGGAAAGAGAUGGUUUGAUAUUUACCACAGCACUAUGCCUUUUUACAGUAGAACUGGGGUAAAGGAAAUGGUUUUAUUGCCCAUAGUCAUUUAGGCUGGAAAAAAGUUGAAAACUUACAAAAUAUUGCCAAGAGAUUGUCAUGUGUUUGGUCCCAGGAUAAAAAUGAUUUUGUAGUGUUGAAAUCAUAGCUACUUAACAUAUCUUUUCACAUUUCUUUCUUAGUUAUUGACACUCUAGGUCUUAAUACGGAUUUAUUUGUGUGUGUAGUGUCUCUUCUUUCUACUCAUUUUAUCUAGAGAUUGACUAAUACCUCAUUCUGUUUGUAAAACCAGCCAGUAAUUUCUGUGCAACCUUAUUAUGUGCAAUAUUUUUAAAUACUAAGAAAUGUGUGCUUUUGUUUUCUGAUAUACUUCUUUAGUUCUGCACUUUUCUACAUUAUACUCCAUAUGAGUAUUAAUCCUAUGGAUACAUAUUAAAAUAAAUAUCUCAUACAACAUUGUAUGUGAGAGAAAUACAAAUAUUUACAACCUGAUAUUCUUUGUUGUUGUUUUAUUGUUAAAAGUUUAUUAUGCAGCUCUGGAGGUGUAGAGGGCAUAUAAGCUAUGAGACAUAUGUUGAUCACAGGCUGUUUCCACGAAGCUGCUUUUGACUAACCUGAAAACCCUGAUAGGAUUUUGUUUGAUUGUCAUUGGUAAUUUCUACUGCAUUCCUACCAUCUUUCUCUCACAAAUUUUGAUAGCUCGAAGAUCUUCUAAUUACAAUUAUGUUGUAUUUGCUUGCUAGGAGCCAAGUGUACCUGCUCCAGUUCUUUCCUCUUUGGGCCUGAUUGGGAAGUAGCAGAAACUUCACAUAAAGCUGUAUUUCUUAAUCAUCUUUAAUUUGAAACUUAAGAAACUGAAUUUAUUCUGUUAUAUUUAUGUAACUUAUUUCUUGAAAGUUAUAUCUACUAGUUUUGUUUAAUAAUAAAAUUAGCUAUCUCUUGAA